GUUUGCACCAACUCGGUGUUUGCCUUUCAAAAUGCCUUUUCUUCUCUCUCUUUCUCCUUUUCUCUCCCAACUUUGAAUCUUCAAUCCCUGCAUUCAUCUAUCAUCAUCACCCCACUUUGCUUUCACCAUCUUUUUAUGCUGGUCUCGGGUGGUGUCGGGUGUUGGAAGCAUGGCAUACAAAGUGGACCAUGAAUACGACUAUCUCUUCAAGAUCGUACUCAUUGGAGACUCUGGUGUUGGAAAAUCCAACAUUCUCUCUAGGUUUACCCGAAAUGAGUUCUGCUUGGAGUCUAAGUCUACCAUUGGGGUUGAAUUCGCAACCAGAACCUUACAGGUAGAGGGGAAGACUGUGAAGGCACAAAUAUGGGACACAGCGGGUCAAGAGAGGUACCGAGCUAUAACAAGUGCAUACUACAGAGGAGCAGUGGGUGCCUUAUUGGUGUAUGACAUAACCAAGAGGCAAACAUUUGAGAAUGUACAAAGGUGGCUCCGUGAACUGAGGGACCAUGCAGACUCCAACAUUGUUAUUAUGAUGGCUGGAAACAAGUCUGAUCUCAACCAUCUCAGAGCAGUCUCUACUGAUGAUGCUCAGAAUUUGGCUGAGAGAGAGGCUCUCUCAUUCCUAGAGACUUCAGCAUUAGAGGCCUUCAAUGUUGAGAAAGCAUUUCAAACCAUUUUGUUUGACAUAUACCAAAUUAUGAGUAAAAAGGCACUGGCUGCACAGGGAGCAGCUUCCACUACUAGCCUUCCUCAUGGGACUACCAUAAAUGUCUCAAAUAUGUCAGGUAGUGUGGAGAAGAAAUCAGCUUGUUGCUCCAAUUAAUUAAUGUUGUAGAAAAAAGGUGACUGAGGAGGAUCAAGUUUUCUCAGGGUAUCUUCUUUUUUUGUAUUUGAAAAAACACAAAUGACAUGAGGAACAGUCGUUACCUUCUGCUACAUUUUCUUUUUUAUUAUGGAGACAAGAGGCAGAUCUUUAGCCUCUCUCUCUCUCUCUCUUU